CUGUCAUUGUCAAUAUGAGAGUUGUUAAUUCUUUAUGAAUAGCACAUGGGGCCUCUUGACUAAAUAGUACGUUACACGUCCCAAAUCUGUCAGCUGGACUCUUCUCUCACAUGCUAGUGAGAUCACUUUGAUUGGAAUGUUACAGGAAUUGCUGGGCUGGCUGUGCAGAACUGAAUACUGAAUUAUAUAAUUAGAUCUCCCAGAGCAUUUUUUUUUUAUUUUUUUUGCAUUACCUCAUUAUUCUAGCUUAAAUAUGGAAUCAGUCCUUUUGAUGAUUUUACUGGUCGUGAUUAUAUUGAUACGAUUCAUUUUGUGGUCCUGUCUCAGUGCAUAUAUAGAUUAUAAACUGUCCCGAAGGUUUCCUGACACAAGAAAGUAGGACUAAGACUUCAAAAGGCUUGUUCAGGUUUGAAUUGACAAUGGGGAGAAGUGGAUAAGGUAAAUGCAACUAGAGCAAAUGUUACCUUGGGAUCUGAUGAGAGAGAAAUGACCUGCGGAGGCUGCUCCUGAGUGAAGAUUCUUCAGAAAUCCUCACACUGACAGAAGGGGAAAAUCCUGACAACUGAUUGAGUCAAAUGACUUCCGACAAACUGGGGCAUGAAUUUGUUUUUGGGAACAGACUCGUGGACUUUUGCCAACUAAAUGAUCUGAACAAGCUGGAAGGCAGCCUAUUGCUGGGCAGUCCAAGCCUGCCAGUGGCCUGGCCU